GGUGAAUCCAUGUUUUUCACCGCGUCAUUCCAGUAUUUGCCUCGUUGAGCUCAAGUGACACUUUCGCCUGCAUCAUUUGGCCAUAACCACCCAUGGCGUUCAACAACAACGAUAGCACAACAGACGCGGCCGUGGUCGUCGCCCCCUACCUGGCGGCCGUGGCCAUCGUUGACAAGGCCAAGCUCAAGCUGCAGGCAUCCAUCGUCUCCACGCUGACCAAAUGCAUCCCCACCUGGAGCGACGUAGAGCCUGACUCUGUCGACGUGGAACAUCUCGGCGGUGCCAUGACCAACCUCAUCUUCGCUGUGCACAAGCCCGAGGGCAAAGACCGUGACGUCCUCGUGCGUGUGUACGGCGAGGGCACCGAAUCCUUCUUCUCGCGCGUGGAGGAGACGCGUCUGUUCCAGCUGCUGAGCGACAAGAAAAUCGGCGUGGAGCUGCUGGGUCAGUUCGCCAACGGAAGAGCCGAGAAGCUUAUCCACGGCUCCACAUACACGAGCAAGCGCAUGCGGCAGGCCGAGGAGUCUCGCAUCAUUGCCAAGCAGCUGCGUGUCUUCCACGAGCUGGACAUUGACAUCGACCGCAAACCCACAUACAUCUCGAGUGUCCGCAAGUUGCUGGAGGUGGCACGCGUGAAGUGCACGGCCGAGAAGUUCAAAGGCAUUUUGGAUUUCAAGCAGGUGGCUACAGACGUGGAUGAGAUGGAGAAGAUCCUGGCUGAGGUACCAUCUCCCAUCGUACUGAGCCACAACGACCUGCAAUAUGGCAACAUCAUGAAGAACGACGCCGGUGACGCCGUGCUCAUCGACUUUGAGUACACGAGCUACAAUCCGCGUGGAUAUGACCUGGGCAACCACUUCUGCGAGUGGGCGUACGACUACCACAAGACGGUGAACGCGCAUCUGGGCGAUUUUACCAAAUACCCGACGAAGGAACAGCAGCGCAACUUUUGCCGCGCGUAUCUGGCAGGCAAGAACGGCAAGGAGGACGAUGUGAGCGAGAACGAGAUCGAGAGUUUGCGACGUGAAGCCAACACGUACUCGCUGGCAUCGCACUUGUUCUGGGCCCUCUGGGGCUACAUCCAGGCAUCUCAGUCGACGAUCGACUUUGACUUCUUGGCUUACGGCAAGUGCCGCUACGACGCAUUCAAGUCUCGUGUGACGCUCAAGAACUAAAGCAAUUUUCGGAUUUAUUGGCACGUUCCGGUGGUGGGACGUGGGUAGAUUUUUAGGGUAGUUUUUUCGCAUUAACCCAGCAAGAGGUUAGUGGGGAUAUGCAGAGGUAUUGAUUGAAUGAACGUUGCGUAGCGUACUUGAGAAAAAUGGUGG